AUGAAUAUUAUGACAGACAUUGAUGAGUGCGGCGUCAACAAUGGUGGUUGUGAUGAUAUAUGCAUCAAUACCCCUGGAUUGUUUUCCUGCUCAUGUUCCUCGGGCUAUAUGCUGCAUAUGGAUGGACGUUCCUGUACUGAUGUUGAUGAGUGUAAAGAGAAUCCCAAGAUUUGCAAUGGAGGAGUGUGCUCAAAUACCCCAGGUGCUUAUGUGUGUACCUGUGACGGCGGUCUUAUUCCUGAUUCUGAUGGUCCAGGUUGUCUUGAUGUUGAUGAGUGCGAUAUGAAUCCUAACCUGUGUCAGAACGGGAAAUGCGACAAUGUUGCUGGCUCGUUUGCAUGCCGUUGUGAAGAUGGUUAUAGUGUGAAGUCGGAGUUGGGGCCUGGCUGUACUGACGAUGAUGAGUGCACAAUGGGUAGUUUCCAUUGUGAUCAGAAUGCAGAAUGCAUUAAUGUAGAUGGAACAUAUGAUUGCCGCUGCCAAGAUGGUUUUACAGGCAAUGGUAAAACUUGUCGAGAUGUCAAUGAAUGCCUCACCAACAAUGGUGGAUGUGACCGUGAUGCACAGUGUAUCAACACUGAUGGAUCCUUCAAGUGUGUCUGUGAUGCUGGCUUCAUAGGAGAUGGAUUCUUCUGUGAAGACAUAGAUGAAUGCACUCAAGAUCCUACAUUAUGUGAAAAUGGACAGUGCCUCAACUAUCCUGGAUCAUUCCAGUGUGACUGUGAAAUGGGUUUCAUGCACCCAGAUCAACACACAAAGCAGUCUUGUGUGGAUAUUGAUGAAUGCGAUAUGUUCAGCAAUCUGUGUGUAUACGGACAAUGCGAGAAUAUUUAUGGCAUGUUCCGUUGCAUAUGUGAUGAAGGCUAUCACUUAGAUGAAACUGGAGGAAACUGUACUGAUAUUGAUGAAUGUGACAACCCAGAUGUAUGUCAGUUUGGUACCUGCAUCAAUCAACAAGGCACCCAUGUUUGUGAAUGUCCACCAAAUUAUGAACUGAUAAGCACAGGAGAUGGUUGUGUUGAUCGACGUGAGGGUGAAUGUUACCUGGAUGUUGUAAAUGUUCGAGGUGGUCGUGGUAUAUGCCGUGAACCCUUAGGAGACCCAGUAACCAGAGCCACCUGCUGUUGCUCAGCUGGCAAAGCAUGGGGUCCACUGUGUGAAGUUUGUCCACCACAAGAUUCUGAUGAAUACAAGCAGCUAUGUCCAGGAGGACCAGGAUUUAGGCCUAAUAGUAUCACAGUCAUCUUGGAAGAUAUUGAUGAAUGUGCUGAAAUGGAGAACCUGUGUGGGAAUGGCCGAUGCUCUAAUACAUUUGGUGGAUUCAUGUGUUCCUGUGCUAGAGGGUACACCUUGAACAGCGGAGGCACUCUAUGUGUAGAUAUUAAUGAAUGUGCUGACCAUAGAAAGUGUAAAAAUGGUCAGUGCAUUAACACAAUUGGAGGAUUUGAGUGUGAGUGCCCUCCAGAUUUCAGUUUACUACCCAAUAGGGCAGAGUGUGUGGAUAUGAGAGUUGGAACGUGCUUCACAAAAUAUGAAGAUGGAGUAUGUUCCCUUCCAAUGAGAAUGGAUAUCACAACAUGGGGUGCUAACUGUGAACCAUGUCCUAGGGAAACCACAAGCGAAUAUGUGGAACUGUGCUACUCUGGUAUGGUAAGCCCAGGUUUACCUGGAGAGGGGAGGGUUGGACCUCAUCCUGGAGAAGACGGUUAUAGGCCUAGACCUGGAGAUCCUGGUUAUAGGCCUAGACCUGGAGAACCUGGAUAUGAUCCUGACAGAGAUGGAGAAGAUAGAUAUGGAUCACGUGACAGAGAUAGAGAUGGCAGAUUUGGAAAUGGAAGUGACAGAAAUGGCGGAUUUGGAUCACGUGAUAGAGAUGGAGAUGGCGGAUUUGGACGUGAAGAUGAUAGAUAUGGACCAUCAGACAGAGAUAGAGAUGACACAUUUAGGCCUGGAAUUGGUCAACCAGGCAAGGUUUAUAAUCCUCGAACGGGUACAAUCGAAGAUUUUGAUGAGUGUGACUUGAUGGGUCACAUGAUGUGCAAAAAUGGACGAUGUAUUAACACCAUGGGUUCCUUCCGCUGUGAAUGUGACCAGGGGUUCCGUUAUGAUGAGCCAAGUCACAUGUGUGUUGAUAUUGAUGAGUGUGAAGAACUGACUCCAUGUCAAGGAUUAGCCAAGUGUGAGAACACCUUGGGAAGCUACCGAUGCUCUUGUCCAACAGGUUACAAGAUCAACAGGCUUACUAAUGAUUGUGUUGAUAUCAAUGAAUGUGAGCAAGGAGGUGUAUGCCAACAUGGUGUCUGCAAUAAUUUCCAGGGAAGCUUCCAGUGCAUUUGUGACUCAGGAUAUGUAUUGACAGCAGACCGUUCCUCUUGCAUUGAUCUUGAUGAGUGUGUUCGUUCACCAAACAUCUGCAACAAUGGAACAUGUAUCAACUCUAUGGGUUCUUUCCGUUGCCAGUGUCACAGAGGUUUUAAAAUUGGACCCAAUCAUGACUGCAUUGAUGUGAAUGAAUGUCUCAUCACUGUGGGCCUGUGUCGGAAUGGCCGUUGCCGUAACACAGAAGGAUCUUUCACUUGUGAGUGUGCUGAUGGCUAUACAUUGACACCUGAUGGAGAGCAGUGCCGUGAUGUUAACGAGUGUUCUGAGCGUAGUGAUGUAUGCCCAGUUCCAGGACGCUGUCAGAACCUCAUGGGCUCGUUUGUCUGUGAGUGUCCAGAUGGCUACAGUUCUCACAUCAGAUGGCAUGGCAUGUGUUGACAUUGAUGAGUGCAGCACAGUUGAGGACAUCUGUGAAAAUGGUGAAUGCAUAAAAUAAUCGAGGAAGCUUCCAGUGCAUCUGUCCAUCAGGCUUUGAGCUUAACCCAGAUGGGACCAAGUGUGUUGAUCAACGACAAGAACAGUGCUAUCAGAGAUACCAACAAGGUAUAUGCCUUCAACCAAGACCAGUGAGCAUCCUGAAAAAGGAGUGCUGUUGCUCAGGGGGUGCUGCCUGGGGUAUUGGUUGUGAACGCUGCCCUCUCUGUAGAUCACGUGA